AUGUUCAUUGCCAAAUUAAUUCACUCUCCAACCACUACCAAACAUUUACUGUUUCCAAACGAAACGGAAAGAGAUUUGUGGAAACUGGAUGAACAUGAGUCCGACUGUUGGUGUAUCGUUUCAAGACGAAUAUUCUUGGAUCACUUUUUGGAGAAGGAGUUUGAAACGAGAAUGAUUUCACAACAUCAUGUCCAGCAACUCUCCGACUCUAAAGCAAUUAUGGAGCAUAGUCUUGUCUGUGAUGAAGAAAGUGAUACAUUUCAUGAUGAGCAUACACAUUUUCUGGUCCACGCCGACUUGCCUGUUCUUGUUGGAGUAGUCUCUCAACAUUUUGAUGUAUCUUCAUGGUACCCCAUUCUCAAUGAAUCAUUGAAAACGAGGGAUUUAUUACUUUCCUGUGUUCAUUUCAUAAAAAGCAAGGAGGAGUUUCUAGAGUUACCAUAUGAGAGAGUUUUUGUGAGGCUAGAUGGAUGUUCUCCUAAGGAUAUUGUUGCAGAUUGCUUUUUUCCAAUCCAUGAACAGGGUUGGAAUGAAGCCAUGAAUGCCGUAAAACGUUCUCAAAGAUGUAGCGCAUUUCAAGAACGAUGUAGAAUGCUUUCGGGUCAUGCUGAAAAUUGGACAUUGAUUGCACGUCCUGUUGUGAACAUUCUCAAAGAGAUGAGAUGUAUUAUCCUUGAUCAACAAUUGCAUUACUUGAUAGACGAAGACUCUCAAGAAUGGUCCGAUUUACGAGGAAAGAACUUUUAUCCCUUUGAUGAGAAUACCAUGAUGAAACCAAUUCAAAGAGUGGUAAAAACAGUAGCUUCUAUUUUGCCUUGGGACAAUUUCACGCUUGAUUUGGCCAUGAUUGAGGGAAACCAUCAUACAUGGGAUUGGAAAAUCAUUGAGGUCAAUUGUUUAUUAGAGGGAGUGACUGGCCUCGGAUUUGCAGAAAAAAACAUUGAUUUGAAGACUUUUGAUCAUUCACUCGCUCGUAGUGAACCCAUUCUCUAUCAAGAAUAA